UUCAUUUCCUGAUCGGUAAGGGGUCACUCACAUGAGAAUCCAGUUUCCGAAGCUGAAACUUCUCCCUACAGUCAUUUUUGCGAUAUUAAAAUGAUGUUACGAACGCUGUGUCGGACCGGCGGAGCCAUUUUGCAGCACACCCAGCGGUCUGUUCCGAGGUUGUGGGUCACACCAGCCCAGCAGCGAUGGGCGUCCAGCCUGCCCAUGAACACUGUGGUCCUGUUUGUACCCCAACAGGAAGCCUGGGUGGUGGAGAGGAUGGGUCGCUUCCACCGGAUCUUAGAGCCGGGUUUAAACUUCCUCAUACCCAUACUUGACAGAAUUCGCUAUGUGCAAAGUCUCAAAGAAAUUGUGAUUGAUGUCCCAGAGCAGUCUGCAGUGUCUCUAGAUAAUGUAACGCUACAGAUUGAUGGAGUGCUUUACUUGAGGAUCCUAGACCCUUUUAAGGCCAGCUACGGUGUUGAGGAUCCAGAAUAUGCAGUCACACAGCUGGCACAGACCACCAUGCGUUCAGAACUGGGCAAACUCACACUGGACAAAGUGUUCCGGGAACGAGAGUCCCUCAACUCCAACAUCGUCCACUCCAUCAACCAAGCUUCAGACGAGUGGGGAAUCCGUUGUCUCCGUUAUGAAAUAAAAGAUAUACACGUUCCACCUCGCGUUAAAGAAUCCAUGCAGAUGCAGGUGGAGGCAGAACGUAGAAAGAGAGCCACAGUGCUGGAGUCUGAAGGGACGAGGGAAGCAGCCAUUAAUGUCGCAGAGGGUCGUAAACAAGCUCAGAUCCUGGCCUCGGAGGGUGAAAAAGCAGAGCGGAUCAAUAAUGCGGCUGGUGAGGCCCAAGCGGUCUUAGCCAAAGCUGAGGCCAAGGCCAAGGCCAUUCGUCUGCUGUCAGACGCUCUGACUGAACAAAAUGGAAACGCAGCAGCUUCCCUAAGUGUGGCCGAGCAGUACGUAUCUGCCUUCUCCAACCUUGCCAAAGAGUCCAACACCAUCCUUCUGCCCUCAAAUACUGGUGACAUUAGCGGAAUGGUCUCACAGGCUAUGACCAUUUACAGUACACUGGCAAAGACGAGCCCGAAAAUACCAGCAGUAGGGGUGGAGGAGAAGAGCGAGGAGCUCCUGAGCAUCUCUGCAUCACCUCAAGAGCAGAGGACUCAGUGAAGGGACUCACAAUAUUUAACAGCACCGAAGAAGAAGCGGUUUAUGUUUAAGUCAUCAGGGUUCCGAGGCAUCGCUGUGUCUGCAGAGUUCACAAACCUUCUACUGACAAGACAAAAGGAAAAACUGCCAACUCUAUGAACUCCUAUGCU